AUGUCUGGACUUGAUGUAGAGGCUCUUCUAGAGUCUACUGCGGCCGCCACUACCGAAGCCCCAACCACUUCGGAAGGCCGUGACGACCACUCCCGCGCGGACCCCAGCGAGCGCCGUGAUCGUUCCCGCGACAGACGCCGUCGCCGUGACCACAGCCGUGACCGCCGCCCCGAUCGAGAUCUCAAGGGCGAUGAAGUCAUGAAGAGCGACACUGCUAGUGCUAACGGAAGCCUUAGAAGCCGAAAGAGGAGCAAGAGUCGUGAAUCUGAGCGACGCCGUCCUCGCCGUGACCGUGACAACUACCACUCCAGUGGUGACUUCUAUCGUGGUGGAGGUCGCGCUCGUUCCCGCUCCCGUUCCCCCUAUGACGAUCGCCACUACCGGCCCAAUCGCCGCCAGCGUGAGGAAGAAAGACGCCCCCGCCGUGACGCGGAUGCCCGACGUGGUUCUCCCAGCCGCAAGUCCCCAGAACUUAAUGAGGAUGAACGUGACAGGCGCACUAUUUUUGUGCAGCAACUUGCUGCUCGUCUGAGAAUCAAGGAUCUGUUUACUUUCUUUGAAAAGGCCGGCCCCGUUAAAGAUGCUCAAAUCGUCAAAGAUCGCGUUAGCGGACGCUCCAAAGGUGUCGGUUAUGUCGAGUUUAAAAACGAGGAGUCUGUUGCCGCCGCCAUCAGACUCACUGGCCAGAUGCUCCUAGGAAUCCCCAUCAUUGCGCAACUGACUGAAGCGGAGAAGAACCGCCAAGCUCGCAACCCCGAGGCUACUGCAGGCAAUCAGCACACCGCACCAUUCCACAGGCUCUAUGUUGGUAACGUCCAUUUCAGCAUUACCGAAGACGAUCUCACCAAUGUCUUCGAACCAUUCGGCGAGCUCGAGUUUGUUCAGUUGCAAAAGGAUGAAACCGGUAGAAGCAAGGGUUAUGCCUUUGUUCAAUUCGCCAAUCCCGAACAAGCUCGGGACGCUUUGGAAAAGAUGAACGGAUUUGAACUUGCCGGACGAGCUAUUCGGGUUGGUCUCGGCAAUGAUAAGUUCACCCCCGACGCGCACGCCAAUCGCCCCUCAGGUGCUUCCUCUACAAACCAAUCAAACUUCCAGGGUUCUUCGUUCUCCGGUCAGGGAGGCCGUGGCGUCCAAGCCGGAGGUUCCAACAACUUUGACCGUGCUGGUGGCAGAGAAACCGAAAAGGGCGCCGGUGCUAGUGCGCUUGACGAUACGGAUGUUGCUGGUGUGAACUUCAACAACUACUCUAGGGAUGCGUUGAUGAGGAAGCUUGCACGAACAGAUGAUGCCCAACCUUCUGUCGACGACCGUCAGAAGUUCCUUCGACCCAAGACCGAGACUAAGCCACUUCCCAUCAAUGUCAACAUGGCCAGUCGGUGUGUUUUGCUUCGCAACAUGUUUGACCCCGCCGAAGAGACCGGUGAAGCCUGGAUCAAAGAACUCGAGGAGGAUGUCCGCUCGGAGUGUGAGGAGAAAUACGGCCAUGUUGUUCACAUUUCACUAGAUGUCAGUUCCCAGGGAGAUAUCUACCUGAAGUUCGAUCGCGUUCAAGGUGGCGAGAAUGCUAUCAAGGGCCUUAAUGGCCGAUACUUUGGCGGAAAGCAGAUCACCGCCCAACCCGUCGUGGACGCCGUCUACAGCAGUCUCUUCUCCCGGACUAAGGCCAUCUAG